GAGAGGCAGCCUAAAUUGGAAUCUGCUGGUCCAGGACUGUGGCGCCCCUUGCUGGGUCUGCCAUGGAGGGACAGCCCAGAGGGAGCAGAGGUCUUCCGGAGAAGCCCCUCCCUGUCACCCCCAAUCCCACCCUGUCCUCACUGGGCGCCGUAUUCAUUCUCCUGAAGUCUGCUCUGGGUGCCGGCCUGCUCAACUUCCCCUGGGCUUUCUACAAGGCUGGAGGCACAGUGCCCACCUUCCUAGUGACCUUGGUCUCUUUGGUCUUCCUGGUCAGCGGCCUGGUCAUCCUGGGCUACGCAGCUUCUGUCAGUGGCCAGACCACCUAUCAGGGUGUGGUCCGGGAGCUGUGUGGGGCAGCCAUGGGAAAGCUGUGUGAAGCCUGCUUCCUGACCAACCUGCUCAUGAUUUCUGUGGCCUUCCUCAGGGUGAUUGGGGACCAGCUGGAGAAGUUGUGUGACUCUCUCCUGCCUGGCGUCCCACCGCCCUGGUAUGCAGCCCAGCAAUUCACCCUGCCCCUCAUCUCUGUGCUGGUCAUCUUUCCCCUGUCAGCAUUGCGGGAGAUCGCCUUCCAGAAGUACACCAGCAUCCUAGGUACUCUGGCUGCUUGCUACCUUGCCUUGGUCAUCACAGUGCAGUACUACCUGUGGCCCCAGGGCCUGGUGCGCCAGUCUCAUCCUUUGCCAAGCCCGUCUCCCUGGACCUCUGUGUUUAGCGUCUUCCCUACCAUCUGCUUCGGAUUUCAGUGUCAUGAGGCCGCCGUUUCCAUCUACUGCAGCAUGCGGAACCAGAACCUCUCCCACUGGGCCCUGGUUUCUGUGCUCUCCUUGCUGGCCUGUUGCCUUAUCUACUCCCUGACAGGGGUUUAUGGCUUCCUGACCUUCGGGACAGAAGUUUCUGCGGAUAUCUUGAUGUCUUACCCAGGCAAUGACACAGCCAUCAUUGUAGCACGUGUUCUCUUCACUGUCUCCAUUGUGACAGUCUACCCCAUUGUAUUGUUCCUGGGGAGGUCUGUGAUGCAGGACUUUUGGAAGAAGAGCUACUGGGCCACAUGGGGAUCCCCAGUGCUGGCUGACCCCUCAGGGCCAUGGGUUCGGCUGCCACUAACCUUUCUAUGGGUGGCAGUGACGCUUGCCAUGGCUUUGUUCCUACCGGACCUCAGCGAGAUCAUUAGCAUUAUCGGUGGCAUCAGCUCCUUCUUCAUCUUUAUUUUCCCUGGUUUGUGCCUCAUCUGUGCUGUGGACACGGAGCCCAUAGGACCAAAGGUCAAGUGCUGCCUGGAGGCCUGGGGCACCCUCUCCGUACUGGUGGGCACUUUCAUCUUUGGGCAGAGCACAGCUGUGGCCGUGGUGGAGCUGCUGUGAGAGGCUUCUGG